GCCGAGGGGUAAAGUUUACAGGGGAUUCCAGGUGGGUUUAGCGCCAGUCAUGGAUCACUUACAGCAUGAACCCACUGACGGCAUGUCGCACGGGCUGCUAACUGGAUCCAGUUCAUCCUUUGUCGCAUUUUGACAAUCAUCUCGAUUCUGUGUUCAACAAUUGGAUGGAGAUUCGAGAUGGUUUUUCAUGUCUAUAAUUCCACCAUUAUAGUUAUUACUACCAUCGUAGCCCGUACCUUCCCGGUUCCCGUCCUUUUGCCGGUUCCUGGCCGUACCUUCCUUCCCCUUUCCCACCGGGUACCUACCCCAACUCUCACCGAGUCGUGUGUGUUCUUUCCCUAUCCGGCUCUACCAAAGGGCGGAAAGAGUGUCUCAAACUUUCACAUGACGAAACCUUCUUCUCGGGUUUCCCCUCCCUUUGAAUGAAUCAGCAUCUGACAUUGCGGGGAUCGGAAUGUUUUUCUUGCUGCUUGUUUACCUAAUGGCCUACCUAAUCAUACACUGGCAGGAACUCGGAUCAUUGUUUUACUCACUGAUGUCCGCCUUCCGACACUUUAUACUUGGCAUUCUGCAUGCCCACAGGAAGGGCAUCGCUCAAGUCCAAUGAAAACCUGUUAUGUGAGUAGCCUCGACAGCUGCUCUUGUCACGGGAUGCUUGGCCCCUUUGGCCGACAUAGGCAGUCCGUAUGCUGGAAUCGAGAUGCAUCAAGGGAUCGCGAUGGGUGUGCAACAGAUACGCCACUCGGUGCCUGCGUUGCACGACAGCCAUCCAGACGGGACUGUUCUGGCGGUCAGGACCUAGAUUCAUAUUCUGUGCUUCCCAUCUUGAGGUGAGGACCAAAGGUGAGUUGAUCGAUCCUUCGACAUGCGGGGCACACGUUGGAGGCGAUGGCUGUGAUUUGCUCACCAACCAGCUGUUGUUGGACCAGCCAGUCAAGGCAGGCAUCGCUGACAUUCAACCGUCUGCCUGUCCUCAAACCCACCAAGACAAAACUCAAACAUGCGCAUGAGCCUCAGACAGAGGUCUCGAGUUUGACUCAGCUCAGUUUCGGGACGUCGACUACACCUUCCAAUGAAGGUUUGCAGCCGCGAUGGCUUCCUCGUCAUGGCACGAAGCAUCAUGCAGCAGACCCGAUGUGAGCUUGGCUGAAGGCAUUCCGUUCUGUAUGAGUUGCGGCUCAAUGGGCCCCCUCGACGACCUUGAACCAAGUGAAACACCACCAGCCAUUCCGAUUCUCUCCGGGAAGCGAUCUGGCCUGUCGCUCUCGUGGCCCCAUUCAGUGAAAUAUGUUACGCAACUUACCGACGGCGACGGAAACGAUCUUGGAGAUGUGCUUCAGUCCGUGCUAUUAACCGAGAAACCUGAUGACUUGCAACUGGAUGUCCAACAGGAAAAAAUAGGGUCGGAUCUGGAAUCCAAUUCUUCGUCGUCCACCAUAGCCCAACAGUGUCGCACCUAUCACCAAAGCCUGGUUCCCUCGGACGAAGUGACGGGCAAUGACAGCAUUCGUCUGCUUCGCCUCGGUAAGGGAAAAGGCUCGGAACCUUUGCACGGUACGCUGGAAACCCGAGAGCUCAAAUACUUUCCCGAGUAUGAAGCUCUGUCCUACACAUGGGCCGAUGCCAACGGCCAGGCUAGCCGGACCAAGAAGUUGUAUCUGGGGAGGGAAUGGGUUGUGUUCCCAAUCACCACAAACUGCGACGCUGCUCUUCGUCAUGUCCGCCUUCCCCACACUGAACGCUACAUCUGGGUCGAUACCGUUUGCAUCAACCAGUUUGACAACCUUGAACGCUCGCAUCAAGUUCAACUCAUGCCUAUGAUCUAUGCCACUGCUCAACGUGUGCUUGUUUACCUCGGUGAAGAUAAACCGGAACGAAGCAUGAUCUCGAGACACCUCCCAGUUUUUUCCAAAGUGAUGGACUGGAGCCAAAAGUGGGAUGACCUGGGACCUAUUCUGCAACGUCCCUACUUCUUUCGAAGUUGGAUUAUACAGGAAAUCGCCUCUGCAAAAACAGCCUUGGUGGCCAAUGGCAGAUCAUGGCGGGUAUGGCCCGUCUAUGACGAGAAAAGCGAUGUGAGCCUGUUUCUCCCCUGGAUUAAGGAAUUCGAAACCCGAAAAUACAAGACCUCCAAGCACCUUUUUCAGCUGAUUACCGACUGCUGGACCUCACAGGCCUACGACCCACGGGAUAAGGUGUUUUCUCUUCUUGGGGUUAUCACUGGCGCAGCGGCCGACGGUCUGGUGGCCGAUUAUACGCUCACCGUUGAGCAAGUAUACACAGGCCUCGCUUCGUUUGUACUGAAAAAUCAUAAGCAGGCCGAUCUUCUCAAGUACGCUGCUGGUUAUGCCAAAUGCCCAGGGCUGCCCUCAUGGGUGCCGGACUGGGCUAUCCUCUCCCGAAACUGGGACGUCAUGGCUCAAAUACGCGCCUUUCACUCUUUUGACACUCGAGCCAGUCUGAUGAGCGCCCACAAGAUCUCUUCUUACAGGACCGAGCACAUCCGUGAGCCUUGGUUUAUGGACGACGUCAGCAAAGUCAUGUUUGCUGGCAUCGAUAUCCACGGUCCUACUGGCUCUCUGUUUCUGCCUGGGAUGAAAAUCACAGAUCUCCCCUCUGACCAGUACUCACGCGUUCCGGCUCAUCCUACCCUCCAAGUUUUACCCGAUCAACCAUCAUUGCCACCUCCUCACGGCGGCAUGACUUGCUUCCGCGGACCUCUCUUCGUGAUGGCCAUGAUGGGACCAUCAGAUGACACGUCUUGCUUGUCUGUCUGGUUCCUGCAUGGCAUCAAUGCACCCGUCAUCCUUCGACAGUCACAAUCCGGCAACAGCAGCAUCUUUUCCUUCGUCAGCACCUGUCAUGUCAGAGUGCAGACGGGCGUGUGCAUGUUUCAGGGAACUGCUGAGGAAGAAAUGUACAACCCCGACAGCUACAAGAUCAGUGAGAAGGGCUAUACCAUCGGAUCAAAUGCCAAACGCAAGGACAAACAACGCCAAUUUCCACCACCCAAGUUUGAGCCCUGGAAUAGAUCGGUUUUGACCCAACCACAAUUCUUGGAACAGUUUGGCACGGAUCAAAUGGUGUACAAUCGGUGGGGUGACCUUUACUCGACAGCACUCCAAGAUGCCACAUUGAGAACCUGGCCCGAGUCGCAGAUUGCAAGGUUGCAAGCUCUGGGGGCGCACGCGGAGACGACCUGGACCGAAUUCAUCCAACGCGAAGUGCCGAUCGUCAGCCUGUUGCCAUCGUUGAGGGGGGUUGAUCUGAUGGCACCAGUUGUGUUGUUUUUGGAAGACUUGGCAGAGUCACUCAAGCGGAUGAAAUUAUUCUGGGAAUCGAUCGAGUCCCUUUUGGAAGCAGCCAAGAUGCUGGGGAAUACGGUUGAGGGCGCCAUACGUGAUGAUUACGGGCGGAGGGCAGCAGAGCUGAAAAUAAUGAGGGUCAAGAUGUUUGAAAAGGAGAAAGGUCGAAAAGCAUACGUUGAGGAUGGAGAACCUGGACAAGGUUGGUUGAGCCGGAGUGUCAGACAGCUGUAUACCUGUUCGGCGGAGAAGAAUAUGAAGGAGAUGGUGUUUAGAAUGACGGCAAACUUGGAUGAGCGCGGGGGUUUUGCCGUUGACGGUGAUGGUGGGAGGGAGCAGGAGCAGUCUGAAUGGGCAAAGGAUGGGAUACCGUGUCCGGUGUGGUAUAUGACCAGGCUAGGGCACCGCAGUUGGUGGCUGAAUAUGAGAAAAUACCAGCUGGAGCGUGGUAGGGGCUUUUUGAACGAUUUGAUAAAUGGGCGCGGGGAUUGGAAGAUGACGGACCUGAUGAUGAUGUUGGCUGAGGGGGAGGAGGUGCCUGCUAAGACGCCGAGGGAGCCUGGGGAUGAGGAAGGGAUGAGUGUGAAUGAGGCUAAUCUUGCGGAGACGAGGGCGAUGAGGGAUAUGUUUGGGGAGGCGGAGAUGGAGGUGAAGUUGACGAUUAUGGCGAUGAAGAUUUUGAUGGAGAAGAGGAAGGAGUAUGCGAGGUUGAUGAAGGGGGAGUGGAAGAAGAUUGUGAUUGUUUAAGCUAUGGAAUAGCUAAGGCAAAAGGCUCACCGGCCAACCCUCUCGUUUCUUAUGUUGGGGAGGGGUGACUCGGUUACAAAAACCUUGACGUGCAAGAUCUUACUCCGGAUAUGGAUCGAAUCGAGAAGGCUGUUGGCCCAAUCCUUCAGUUGGGAGCAGCUCAAAUACUCGUCCCACUGAGGACCGGAGGGCCAAUAUGGCGAGAGUGAGUAUUCGGAGCUGUUAAAAGGUGGGUGCGGAAGGUGAUGUAUAUACUGUAGUUGCUCCCCCUUUCUCUGACGAAACAUCGGUUUCUGGGCAUGAUGCCUGACUGGUAAUAGAUACGAUAACUAACUAUCAUCAAGUCGCAAAUUUGAGCAGUCACCCUCCAUCAGGUGUGUAUUCAAAGAUGAACACAGUUCUGGGACCCCCCUUUUCGAUGUUGACACAGCCCUGACCCUCACCACUUUCUACCCGUCUACAUUCCCUUCUGCUCUCCCCCAGCAAGCCUCCCCAACCUCUUCUCCCUCCACCACCACGCAUCCAGCAUCGCAACUCCCGGGCCCCCCAUCACACCAGCCAAAGCAACAACCACCAAACCUCCAAUCAACUCCCCCAACCCAACCGCCCCCGCAGCCCACACAUCAACCAUCAACCCCAAACUCCAAACCAACAAGCCCCCAAACGAACAGAGCAAAUCAUACUGCAAAAGCCCCCUCAUGCUUAUCACAAACUCCCUCUUCGCCAUGGUCACCGGCACAAAAACCUCCCAGAGGGAGAAUCCGCUGUGGAGUAUCACGUACCACCAAACCACCAUGCUGAUCCCCGCAACAACCAAACUCAACGCCCCCUUCCCAACCAACUUACUCCCUUUUGCCCAUCCUGUUGGGAUGGUUUUGGCAAGAAUGGUAUUUGCGAGACCGAUCCAAAGAGGGGCGGGCUGCCAUAGCCAGGUGUAGUAGUGUCUUUGGUCGAGAUUGUGGGGGAAGAACAUGUGGUAUACCCAGGCGUAAUGCAGCGCCACCAGAAGGGGUAGCAGAAAGGGGAUGUAUUCCUCUUUUAGGAGCCUUUUUCGGGGGUCGAGGGCGAGGAUGCUGGUGCUGGGGGAGAAUGUGAAGUGUAGCCAGCAGUACAGCGGGGCAAGGACACCGAGGCCGAGGAUCUGGGCGGCGAAGUUCCAUGCUGUGGCUAGGUAGGCUGCUGUGUAGGCGUUGCCGUCGCGGAACGACUCUAGCAGUAAAACGAGGUAAACUGGUCCCAGGUCGACGAGGAAGAAGAGCAUUUGGUGCCAGGCUAGGGGGUCUAUGGAUAGGGUGCUGGGCGCGAAGAUUACGCUUAUGGGGCGGAAGAGGUCGUUGGCGGGUUUCCAGGGGAAGAUACCCUCCAGAACUGGGACUGGGCCGGAGGGGUGGGGGAUGAACCCCUUUUCCAAAAUGGGCGGCACGAGCUCGACGAGGGUGUCGCGGUCGAAUCUCUUGUUGCAAAAGUAGGAUAGGUAGAGGAGGGGCAGGGCGAGGACGCCGCGGCCUAGGUGGGAGGAGAGGAGGAGGGUGAGGGUGCCCAUUCUGAAUAUU